UGAGACAGCGAAAGCGUUUGCAUCACACGCAUAUAAAACUUAGUAUAAAACAAGUGGAACACACAUACGGCAACUCACUCCGGCUUAACAUUCGCUAAACGACGAAAGCAAGGCGAACAUGAGAUUAAUGAGAUCGUCCUUACUCCUGGCUGUGGUUAUAGGCCUGGCUGCAGCAGAGGAAAAGGCAGCGAAGGCUGAAGAACAACUAGAACCUAAGAAACAAGACAAGCGAGGACUGUCCGAGUACUACGGAAGCUACGACGAGCACGGAGGAGGCCACGAAGAACACGUGAAAACCAUCACUGUUGUCAAAAAGGUUCCUGUGCCGUACCCCGUAGAAAAACACAUACCAGUACCGGUGGAGAAAAACGUGCCCUACCCCGUUAAAGUACCGGUUCCACACCCGUACCCGGUGAUAAAAACUGUUCACUUCCCGGUCAAAGAAUACAUCAAAGUGCCAGAGUACAUUCCCAAGCCGUACCCGGUCACGAAACACGUACCCGUACCGGUCAAAGUGCACGUCGACAAUCCGGUGCCUGUUAGAGUAUACGAACACGUGCCAGUUCCAGUUGAAAAGGCCGUGCCGGUACCCGUCAAAGUGCCUGUACCGCACCCGUACCCAGUAGAAAAAAAAGUACCCUUCCCAGUUAAGGUUCCAGUGAAGGUUCACGUGCCGUACCCGGUAGAGAAGAUCAUCCAUUACCCUGUGAAGGUACCAGUCGACAACCCCAUCCCAGUUCAUGUUGAUAAACCAGUGCCGGUGCAUAUAGAGAAACCUGUACCCUAUCCCGUAGAGAAGCCCGUCCCGUACCCAGUUAAAGUGCCCGUCGACCGCCCAGUGCCCGUACACGUGGAAAAGCCCGUACCGUACCCCGUGAAAGUACCGGUACCCGCACCAUACCCUGUAGAAAAAGUAAUACCGUAUCCCGUUGAAAGGAAAGUGCCCAUCCCCGUCAAAAUUCCAGUCGACCGUCCCGUUCCUGUGCACAUUGAAAAGCACGUGGCAGUUCAUGUUGAGAAGCACGUGCCAUAUCCCGUGAAGAUCGGAGUGCCGGUUUUCCACCACGAGGAGGAGCACCAGCACAUCGGAAGCCAUGACGACCAUCACGGCUUCGAACAACACAACGACGACCAUCAUCAUCACAUUGAAGACCACCAUCAUCAUUAAAGAACUGAUCUCUUUAUUAAUCUCUAGUUUUAAUGUGUUAUCUUGUCUCUAGAUUUGUUUUUAUGUCUGCAUACGUGUGCGGUGAUGUGAAUAGUUGAA